UCGACAUGAAAGAUGGUUUCGCGUCGCCUGCCGGUUCUAUAUUGUUUUUUUAGAGCAGACUGAAUAGCCUUGAACGUUGUACUGGCAUGUCACACCAAUACCACCAGUUUGUCUUUUAUCUCGUAUGCUCUCAGACAAAAUACAAUUAAUUCCUGACUAUUAGUAGUUAAAACGUUUCUAUAUGAAUACUUGUGUGUACUUAUAGAACGCACUGUUUGUAGAAUUUACCUUGCGAUACACGCCUUUGUCGUCAGUGAUACGACUCACCUGGCACCCCGUCACGUGAACACUACGUCACGACACCAUACGUCGGAACGACCGAGAUUACGAAAUUAAACUUUGCGAUAAUAAGUAAGCAAUUAAUUUAACAAAGACGAUGACGUCAUCACCAAUCACCACCAUCACCGAAAGCAGCGAAGAAGAUGAUACUAUGGACGAAAUGACGGAAUUAAAAGCCAUGACAACCAGGUUGAAAUUGCAAACAAGACGACCAUCUUAUAUCGAAUGGAGAUCAAAGCUCGAGAAGCCAUCAUUAGCUUAUUAUAACUCGUCAGACGACGUUAUCGGAAAAUCACACCAAGAAAGGAAAGCAGAAAUAGACAACGCCCUCAGUUGGCUGAGACGUGAAUUGGUUGACAUGAGGACACAAGACCAAAGCCUAGCCCGUCAACUCAUGAAUAUUCAUCGUGAAAUUCAACGUCUUCGUUUGGAACAGAGCUGCGAAGCACACCGUGAUAUGCUAGAUGAAGUACAGUACACGAUAGAAGAGCAGGACGAAAUGACUGACGUCUGUGACAUGCAGGCUAUGGACCCAAAUUUACUGAGAAUCAUGAAAUCGCCACUUGGUCACUUUGGAGUAACUCGCAUGAAUUUAAAUGCGCGCCGGUUUUCAUUAUGUUAAAUAUGUGAAACUAGGACGUUGUCAUGGUAACAUGUAGACAGUCCCCCCCCCCCCCAUGACGAUUAUCGAGUCAAUGUGAUUGUG